UUGAUAUGGAAUCGCGGCACUAAACUUUAAACACACUUUGGUAUCACAUAUGUUCAAGAAAUCCACGUGCGUAUGUUUUGAUUUCGUUUAUUGUUUACUCUCGGCUGUUGAAUAAGAUACGAAAUAUUUUACUUCUGGGGAUCAAUAAAACAACCAACUAAAGUGAAAUGGAUACCGAUGCACCGGCAAAAGCUCACAGAGCCCGACGCGCUGGACGUAAAGCAGAAAAGCGACAGAAGAACAGCGAAGAUGCGGACACUAAACAACGAAAUCCAAAAGCGUUUGCAAUUCAGAGCACAAACAAGUUAAACAGAGCAUUUAGAAGAGCCCAGGAUGUGAAAGCCCGUAAGCACCACAUACCCGUUGUCGACCGAACCCCCCAAGAACCCCCUCCUAUUGUCGUAGCGAUUGUUGGUCCUCCAAAAGUAGGAAAGACGACCCUUCUAAAUGGAAUCCUUAAAAACUACACGCGUCAAAAAGUUUCGGAAAUCAAGGGACCAGUGACAUUAGUGUCAGGUAAACAUCGUCGACUUACAUUGAUAGAAUGUAACAACGACAUGACCUCUAUGAUUGAUAUUGCUAAAGUAGCUGACCUGAUUCUGCUAAUGAUCGAUGCCAGUUUUGGAUUUGAAAUGGAAACAUUUGAAUUUCUUAACAUUUGUCAGGUGCAUGGCUUUCCGAAGGUCAUGGGAAUUCUGACUCAUCUUGAUUCGUUUAAACAACAAAAAACUUUGAAGAAAACGAAAAAAGCUUUAAAGCAUCGGUUUUGGACAGAACUUUACCAGGGGGCAAAGUUAUUUUACUUAAGUGGUAUGGUGUUUGGUGAAUAUCAACGUACUGAGGUUCGUAACCUUUGUCGCUUCAUAAGCGUCAUGAAGUUCCGACCUUUGACCUGGAGGUCAACUCAUUCAUAUGUGUUCGCUGACCGUAUGGAAGACAUAACUGACCCUGAAACUUUGAGAGUUGAACCCACUUGUAACCGCAAUAUAUCCAUAUAUGGUUAUGUACGAGGCACGCACCUCAAACCAAGCACAGCAGUUCAUAUACCAGGUGCUGGUGAUUACAGAUUACAUAAUAUUUCAUUUCUACACGAUCCAUGUCCACUGCCUGACAGAGGAGAUAAAAAACAAAGAAGGAGUUUGGAUGUACAUGAGCGUGUGAUGUAUGCUCCCAUGUCAGGGGUUGGAGGGAUUGUCUACGACAAGGAUGCUGUUUAUAUUGAUGUGGAUGGUAGUAACAACACAGCUGAGUCUCAGCAACAAAAUGUCCCUGAAACAAUUCUGAAGUCAUCAAUCAUAGAUUCAUCGAAAACAAUCGAUUCUAAAAUGGAGGAAAGCAAAGUUUCUUUGUUUACUGGAGAUGAACCAUUGUCUACUGAACAAGCAGAAAGCAUGAUAAAUAUGAAGAUGCCUGAUGAAGAAGUUGUGCAUCAGGAGGAUGGGAGAGUGAGGAGAAGAGAUGUCUUCCAUGAUAAUGAUGGGGAGGGAAGAGAGGACAGUGGGAUCGACGACUCAGAUGAUGAAGAUUCAGAUGAAAGUGAUGACGAGUUUUAUCCUCAAGAUGAAGCUCAAGACGCAGAAAACCAAGAUGAAGAAAUUGAUAUGGAAACUGAACAAGUUGAACAGGAAGAUGAGGAUUCAGAUGAAGAUAAAGUUGAAGGAUCUGGGUUAAAUUGGAAAAUUGAUUUGAGAGAAAAAGCUGCGAAAGCUUUCAUUGAAAGGCAAAGUUCUUCCGUGAAUCUCCAACGCCUUGUGUAUGGAGCAGUGCAAGAGGUGGAGGAGGAGGAGAGUGGGGAGGAGGGAGAGGAGAAGUUGAGAGGGGGGUUGUUCAAGGUCACUUCAAAUGAAGAUGAAACAGAUAAAAAGCGAAAACGAAACAAUCGUGAAUGCUCCCGUGAUCUAAGCAAGAUGAUUCGUGAUUGGAUAGAUGAUCAUGAAGCUCGUGAAUCAAUCGCCGACUGUUUCGUCACAGGAAAUUGGGGAGAAGAGGAAGAUGCCAAGACUUUACUUGAUCAGGAUGAUGAAAUAUACGGAGAUUUUGAAGAUUUGGAAACUGGGGAUGUUGUCAAGGGCAACGAUGCAAAAACGACCAAUCAGAAUGAAGACGAAAAAGAAGAUGAAAUUUUUGACGCACAUGAGUCGAAGAAAGAUCGUGAAUCCAGGAUGCGAGAGAAGAGGAUGGAGCGGAAACGGAAGCUCAAAGAGGCGUUUGAUCGAAAUUAUGACGUAGAUAAGACAGGAGGUGCUUCUGGUGGGGGUGAGAGCACUUUGUUCGACGACGUCAAGCGCGAGUUGAAUGAACAAGCUCGACUAAAUAGAGAGGAAUUUGAAAACAUGGAUGACACGACUAGGGUUCAAUAUGAAGGGUUUAGACCUGGUAUGUACGUUCGUCUUGAACUGAGGGGAAUUCCCGCUGAGAUGAUCCAACAGUUUGACCCCCAUUACCCCCUGAUAGUGGGUGGGGUGUCGUCAACUGAGGAAAACAUGGGGUUUCUACGUACAAGGGUGAAAAGACACAGAUGGUACAAGAGGAUACUUAAAACCAGAGAUCCUCUCAUAGUUUCAAUUGGUUGGCGUCGUUACCAGACACUCCCUAUGUAUUAUAUGGAAGAUCACAACUUAAGGCAACGUAUGUUAAAAUACACACCUGAACAUAUGCAUUGUUGGGCUUUGUUCUAUGGACCUAUUACACCACAGGGCACAGGUUUUCUUGCUGUGCAGUCCAUCAGUGGUGCGACUCCUGAUUUCCGUAUAUCUGCUACUGGGACUGUACUGGAGUCGGACUGUAGCACUCAGCUUGUUAAGAAACUUAAACUGGUUGGUUAUCCGUACAAAAUCUACAAGAACACUUGUUUUAUUAAGGGAAUGUUCAACAGCCCACUGGAAGUAGCAAAGUUUGAAGGUGCUUCUAUUCGUUCAGUGAGUGGUAUACGUGGGCAUGUGAAGAAAGCUGUCACUAAUGGUGGUAAAGAGCAAGGACCUCCCGGUGCGUUCCGUGCAAUGUUCGAGGACAAACUUCUAAUGAGCGAUGUCGUAUUCUGUAGGACCUGGUAUCCAGUCCAAGUUCCCAAGAUGUACAUUGUUGUUUCUAACUUAAUGAUAAACAAGAAAGAUUCGUGGCAAGCAAUGAAAACUGUUGGCCAACUUCGUUUUGAACAAAAUCUUAAAGUACCAGUUAAUGAAGACUCCUUGUACAAGCCAAUUGUUCGACCUGAAGGCCGACAGUUCUCUAGUUUGGUGAUUCCCCGCGCACUGCAGAAAGAACUUCCAUUUAAAUCGAAACCGAAAUAUUUACGAGGGAAAAAUCAAACAAAACAUGAUAAACUAAUGAAGAAGGCAGUUGUUAGAGAACCAAAAGAUAGACAGAUUGCUGCAUUAAUGAAUGCUUUACGCACCAUGGAUAAAAACAAGAAACAAACUAAGAAAUUGGAGCGAAAAAAGCAAAUGGCUGAGCACAAGAAAUUAUUAGAAAAGCAAGUGGUUAAAGAUCAAUGGAGACACAAGGAAGCAAAGAAGAAAAUUUAUAAAGCUCUUGCUAAAUCUGAGAAGAAAAAAUCAAAAGUUUCUGAAGAAUGAUAAAAAAAAUAUUUUGAUUUUUUCGAAAUAAAUGAUAAGUGAGCGGUCAAA